AUGAGACCAUAUGAUAAUGCUUUAAAACAUAAAAUGGAUAAUGAAAAGUUUAAACUUCCGGUUGGUUUUCGAUUUCAUCCGACUGAUGAAGAGCUUAUAAAUCAAUACCUUGUCAACAAGGUUAAUGAUGAUAGCUUCUCUGCUCUAGCUAUCGCAGAGAUAGAUAUGAAUAAGUGUGAACCAUGGGAUUUGGCCGAGUCAGCUAAAAUUGGAGAAACAGAAUGGUAUUUUUUCUGUGUGAGGGAUAGAAAAUACCCAACCGGUCAAAGGACAAACAGGGCUACUAAUGCUGGAUACUGGAAGGCCACUGGCAAAGACAAAGAGAUUAUCAAGGGCAAUCGAUUAAUUGGGAUGAAGAAAACACUGGUUUUCUACAAAGGAAGAGCUCCAAGAGGUGAAAAAACCAAUUGGGUCAUGCAUGAAUACAGAUUAGAGGGAAGUAACACAGUUCCUACGCAGAAUCUCUCCAAACAAGGAACGGGUGAAUGGGUUAUAUCUAGAGUCUAUGUGAAGGGAAAUUGUGGAAAGAAAAUGCAUGGUAAUUCAAAAAAACUUGGAAGGUUUAACUCUUCAAGUGAAGGACCAUCAAAUGCUAAUGAAUCUCUAUUGCCUCAAUUGAUGGAUUCUUCAUUCAAUAAUGAAACAAAAACUACUUUUGGUGAUUUUUCGCAUGUCCUCAACUCCUUCUCUGUUCAGAAUGAAACCAUGAACAUUCCGUCCUCUGCGAAACAAUUUGGUGCUGAACCAGCACAAAAUUGUUUCUUGUCUCAACAAGAAUCCAUGUUGAGGAUGCAAAUGGAGAAUGAAAAUAUUGGAACAAGUUCAAAGCAAAAUGUGAAACAAGAUUUUUCUUUAGUGAGAGAUUACUUUGAUGGUGAUAUAUCUUCUGUAGUGUAUGGAAAUAACAUGUUUCAAAGGUGGUAUGGGAAUCAAGAAUUUGCUUCAACUUCUACUGAGCCUGUGGUGACUGAUAGCUUGUGGAAUUAUUGA